AUGUCCAGCUUGACCGGCGUUACGGCGGCCACCACUACACUACCCGUUGAAAACUGGGGGGCUCUCAGAUGGGCCACUCGGCAACCGCAGCAGAAACUGGCGGAUGUCAAGAAGGAGGAGAAAACAGGUGACGAGAAUGGUGCUAGCGUGGAUGGUGAUACAGAGGUUGUGCUACAGCUUGUCUCCUUGCCCAAGCCACAGCACCACAGCAGUGGAACACCUCCCAAUGUGGUGGGGAAGCCCAUUAUUGAGAUUCCUGUUUCUUCCAUCGCAAGUGCCUCAGCAACGACAAAGAACGAUCUCUCACUUUCCUUACGUCCACAGUCUUCUGUUACCACAACUCAGGGUGGUGGGGGUGUGGCUAUAGAGUUGACCUCUAUCCGGUUUGCGAUCCCCAAUGUAUGCGUCGGUCACGAGCAGACGGAAGAAGCAGGGCGUGAGAUACUUGCCGAAACGCAGGACGCGAUUAAAAAACAUCAGUCUCGACUUCUUGGUGCUGUUGGUGAUGCUUUCAAUGCGGGGGCGGAUAACCAGUUGCUGAUGAUGAUGGCUGGGGGACCUCGCAGGGACGAACGCGUUGUCGCGGUGCUCGACGAUCUCACCCUUUCGUACCCUUCUGGGCGCUACAAGCUGAUUCUCUCGAACUACUCCUUAAUACUGGAGGACAAGAAGCGUGCGGCGACAGGGAAUGGUGGCGUCGCGGUCUCUGUGCCGCUUAGCGAUGUUGUGCAACUGUAUCUCUGUGAUAUUCCUGACAGCGGUGCUGGGGAACAGGAGAAUGAGGAGCUUGCACAAUACGUCGUUGUGAUUCUGCGCAAUCCAUUGAAGGUCCGUACCACGACGUACAACCACCUUGUUAUUUCUUGCCCCGCUGGCUUUUCCCUUGACGAAGAGCACCCGUGGCGGUGCCAGCUGGAAACGCAGGAGGAGAUUGACGGCCUUCUCGCCACCCUGCCCCACAACCAGAGCAACGCUGCAAAUGGCGCGGAGGGCGGCAAGGUAAUCAGGAAUACUUUCGCGCCAAUGAUGUCAGGACGUGUCAGUGAAAUCCUCAUCCGGGUUUUGAAGGCGUUAACGGGCGUGACGGCUCUUGGUGGCUUUAACAGGGAGUACCAAACGAGCAAGGGAAACUCGGUACUGCGCUGCUUGCACCACGGUGCUCAUGGACUUCUUUUCGUUCUGCAGUCAGCCCUCCUGUUCUUGCAUCGUCCUGUGACACGUGCCCUGCUGAGCGAAAUCACGCAUGUGGAGGUAGAUGAGGCAGGAGGCAGCGCAACGUUCCAAAUGGUGGUUUACGGAAAAUUUGGCGGGCGUGUCAGCGCUGCAGCGGAGAACAAACUUGUUUUUUCCGCCCUUGACAAGCGUGAAAAGGCGGAUCUAUUGGAGUACCUUGGGAAGAAGGUGACGGUGCGGCGCAUUGGUCUGUCGGUCGAUGAUGACGAUAACGACGAUGACGACGAUGAGGAUGUGGAUGAGGAUGAGGAUGAGGAAGACGAGGCCGAGGAGGAGGAAGAGGAAGAGAGCGACGAUGAUGAUGGCGACAGCGAUUAUGAAAUGAGACGGCAUAAACGCUCCCGCCAAAAGAAGGAUAAGUCAGAGAAGGAGAAGUCAAAGAAGGAGAAGAAGGAGAAACACCAUCACCACCAUCACCACAAGAGGCAUAAGAAACACAAGAAGGAGGGAGAGUGA